AUGGACAUGCGUCCUGACGCUGCGCCGUUGCCGAUGCAUGCGGACACCGUGCGUACUGCUCCGGACGAUACCAGUGUGGUAACGGACGACGCGUCGUCGCCCGUGCCAACAUACCCGAACGAAUCAUCGCCACACAUGGCAUCGCCGUCCGACGACUGGGCUGACGCUGAUUGGGCUCACUCACGUCGACCGGCCAUGUCCAUUUCUAACAUACUCAAUGACCACCAGGAGCCCGUCAGUUCCUACCAUGAAGACGAGCCCAUGAUGACGUCCUCUCCCGUCGUGCCACCCUCCGAUGACCACGAGAUGAAGUCAGAAGCGGACGAGACGCGUCCGCUUGCAUACCAUCCACGUGCUACACCAAAGAGCUCUUCUUCGCGUAUGCAGCGUUCCAUGAGCGCGUCGCGCCGGGCAGAGGAGGGUGCCACUUCGGCUGCGUACGAUAGUGAUCUGUCCGCCGACGAGAAUGUCUCGGCCUGGACAGAAGAUAUCGCAGCAUACAAAGCGCAGCGCGAGGCGCACGAAGCUCAGCUUGCCGAUGCGUUUGCAGCAUGGAUGAAUGAAACGCAGCAUUUUGUCACUAAGCGGCUCUGCCUAUCAUACGAACGACGCCUCCUACUCGCGCAGAAACGCGCCCGCGCCCAGCGUGUGCAAAAGCACGAGUCUGAUGACAUUGAUAUGGAACUGCUCGACACGCUGGCGGAGCGCCCAGGUGGAAAAUGGAGCAAAAAUGACGCCAAGGGCCGGUAUACCGAGACGACCGACGAUCUCGAUGAUCUUGCAGCUGAAGGGCAGGCGGACGACGAUACAGAAGAAGCUGCUGGUGAGGCAGUCGCGUCCGCCGAGCUGAUCCCGGAGCUUAUUGACCCCAACACGGGUGAAGUUCGAGGCACCAUCCCCCUGGGUGCCCGACGGGCUGCUCUGCUCGGCGAGGCACACGACCGUGUAUGGACCACCAUUGCGAAGCGAGAUAUACCAAAAGUGUACCGCACCGUCGUGGCGAGUGCCACCAACAAAGCCAUGUACUGGCGCCGCCUGUCGUCCGUGGUGCAGCGUGAGGCACGACGUGGUGCUGCACGCAAUAACAAGUCCACCAAAGACAUCCAGCUGCGCGCACGCAAAGUGAUGCGCGAGCUGCUCCUAUACUGGAAGCGCAACGAACGAGAAGAGCGCGACUUGCGCAAGAAAGCCGAAAAAGAAGCUCUAGAAAAGGCUCGAAAGGAGGAAGAAAUGCGCGAGGCAAAGCGCCAAGCUCGCAAGCUCAAUUUCCUCAUCACGCAGACCGAGCUGUACAGCCACUUUGUGGGUAACAAGCUCAAGACGGCCGAGGCAGAGGAGUCGGAAGACACGGCGCCUGCGGCACAGCCAGGUGGGCCACAGCAGCCGCAUCCACAGGCAGCGCCCGUCUCGAUGGCAUCGCAAGAGGCUGCCGAUUUGCAGGCGAUCGAUUUCGACGAUGAAGACGAAUCGAAUCUGCGUGCCCAUGCAGCACGCAAUGCCACAGAAGCUGUGCGUGCUGCGCGCGACAAGGCGCAGGCCUUUGAUGCAGCGAUUGCACAGGAACGACAUCAACAAGGCACAGAAGAAGGCGCGCCGCAGCCUUUCUCGGCAGACGACAUGGACUUUUUGAACCCUUCGUCGAUGGGCGUCACCGAGGUGCAACAGCCCAAGAUGCUAUCAUGUACACUCAAGCCAUACCAGAUCAAGGGUCUAUCGUGGCUGGCGAAUCUGUACGAGCAGGGCAUCAAUGGUAUUCUGGCGGACGAGAUGGGUCUGGGCAAGACUGUCCAGAGUAUCGCACUUAUGGCGUACCUCGCCGAGGUGCACGACAUUUGGGGCCCCUUCCUUGUUAUUGCACCGGCUUCAACGCUGCACAACUGGCAACAAGAGAUCACCAAGUUUGUACCAGCGCUCAAGGCGUUGCCGUACUGGGGCAAUGUCAAGGAUCGCGCGGUGCUACGCAAGUUUUGGAACCGCAAGCAGAUUUCUUACGACCGCCAUGCCCCCUUCCACGUGCUUGUGACGUCGUACCAGCUCGUGGUGAGUGACGAAAAGUACUUUCAACGCGUCAAGUGGCAGUACAUGGUGCUCGAUGAGGCCCAGGCGAUCAAAUCGAGCUCGUCGAAUCGUUGGAAGACGCUGCUUGGGUUCCACUGCCGCAACCGUCUGCUGCUCACAGGCACGCCCGUUCAAAACUCGAUGCAAGAGCUUUGGGCGCUCUUGCACUUUAUCAUGCCCAGUCUCUUUGACUCACAUGACGAGUUUAGCGAAUGGUUCUCUAAAGACAUCGAGAACCAUGCAGAAAACAAGGGCACGCUGAACGAACACCAGCUGCGUCGUCUGCACAUGAUUCUCAAGCCCUUCAUGCUGCGUCGUGUGAAAAAGAAUGUGCAGAACGAGCUGGGCGAGAAGAUCGAGGUCGAUCUGUAUUGCGACUUGUCAGCGCGCCAGAAACUUUUGUAUCAGAGCCUGCGCUCGCACGUCAGUGUAGCCGAGCUCGUCGACAAGGCCAAUGCCAACGACGAAGGCGGCCUGAAGAGCCUCAUGAACCUUGUCAUGCAGUUCCGCAAGGUGUGCAACCAUCCCGAGCUGUUUGAACGUGCGGACGUUCGUGCGCCGCUGGCCGUCUCGCACUACUCGGCCUCAGCUGCGAUUCCCGUUCGUGACGAGAUCACUACGUGUAUGGAUGCGGCUCAUUCGCUGCUAGACAUGCCCAUCCCGCGGCUCAUGGCACACGAUGCGAUCCAGCACAUCCCAACGCCCCAAAACCGCGUUGGAUUCGAUACGCACUAUCUUGGGUCUCUUAUGAACAUAUGGCGGCGCUCUCAUAUCCACGACGCCGUCGUGGCCACGGACACGUUUGCCUUCUUGGCUUUCCUGGGCCUAUCGGCCAGCGAGGCAGAAGCGGCCUUCCAUGCCCCCAUGCUCACCCGCGUCGUGACACAGGCCGAUGCGCAGCGCCGACUCGCGCUCAUGUUGCCGUACAUGGAUGGCGAGCUGGCUGUGAGUGUGCAUCGGCCCCUCGGCCUGGUCGAAUCGGCCCUCCCCCAUGCACACGAACGUCCCGCACCAAGUCUCGUACCGCUCGGUGAAGUUGUGGAGCGUGUGAUGGACGAGCGGUGCGGACACAUCACACGCACCACCAUGCCUGCGGCUGUGGCACCGCCGCCCGUCCUGCACGUGAAUGACCGUACGUUUUGCGAGCGCCAGGUCCAGGCACGGAAGGACGUGGCCCUGGAGCAUGUGCUGUUUGGUCUGCCACCCAAGGCACGCGAAGACGUCGCGCAAGUGCGACAACUCGAGACGCGCUUGCCAGGUGUGCCGCCGCGCGGCUACGUCGCGACGUCAUCGCCGAUGCAGCUGUGGGGCCCACCCAUGCAAGUACCUCGUAUGGACAAGCUCAUCGUUGACUCCAGCAAGCUCGCGCGCCUUGAUACCCUGCUGCGUGAGCUGAAGGCCGGAGGACAUCGCGUGCUGAUCUACUUCCAGAUGACGCGCAUGAUUGAUCUCAUGGAAGAGUACCUCAUUUACCGACAGUACAAGUACCUCCGUCUCGAUGGUGCCUCCAAGAUCUCAGACCGUCGCGACAUGGUGACGGACUGGCAAACACGCCCUGAGCUAUUUGUAUUCCUGCUGUCUACACGCGCUGGUGGUCUAGGUAUCAACUUGACGGCAGCCGACACGGUCAUUUUCUACGACCACGACUGGAACCCAUCGAACGAUUCCCAGGCCAUGGACCGCGCGCACCGUUUGGGACAGACGAAGCAGGUCACUGUGUACCGCCUCAUCACCAAGGGCACCAUUGAUGAGCGCAUCGUCAAGCUUGCUAGGAACAAAAAGGAGGUGCAAGACAUUGUCGUGGGCAACAAGGCCUACUCCGAGUCGGGCAUGGCUCGUCCCCAGGAGAUCGUGUCACUGCUCCUUGACGACGAUGAGCUCGCCGACUCGAUCCUCCGCCGCAAGCAGGCCGAUGAAGCGCAGCUAGCACAGGGCAAAGCCGAGAACGCCCGCGCCAUGCAUGCACGUCGUCGCCAGAACAACCAAGCGGCCUCGUCCACAUCGUCCCACGAUCCCAGCAUUCACUGGACGCUGGACGACGACGAAGACGACUUUUUCGGCGCCAAGCCACCGCCCAAGGAUGAGCCAGAGGACACGCCCCAGCCUCGAAAGCGUGCAAAGCGUGACUCGGCGCCCAAGCGGCGCAAGAAGAGUGAUGCAUCCUCUCCCCCACCUGCCUAA